AUUAUAAAGAGGCAUCGAUGUAGUCUUCUCGCUACCCGUCCUCACCGCACACAACAAUGGCUCUCAAAAUUGCCUUGUCCUCUCUCGUUCUUCUAUUCUCACUCAGCUUCGCCUCCAUCGUUAGAUCCGACGAGUACGAGUGCGUGUACACGGUGUACGUUAGGACUGGAUCCAUCUUCAAGGGAGGAACCGACUCUAAGAUCGGCCUCAAGCUAUACGACUCCUAUGGCUAUGGCAUUUACAUCAGAGACCUCGAAGCUUGGGGCGGCUUAAUGGGCAACAACUACGACUACUUCGAGCGCGGCAACCUCGACAUCUUCAGCGGCAGGGGUCCUUGCCUCAACAGCCCCGUUUGCGCCGCCAACGUCACCUCCGACGGCGCUGGUGCCCAUCACGGAUGGUACUGCAACUACGUGGAGGUCACUACCACUGGACCCCACAUGUCCUGCGCCCAGAAGCAGUUCACGGUGGAGCAGUGGCUCGCUCUGGACGCAUCGCCCUAUCAGCUGUGGGCGGCAAGGGACUAUUGCUCCGCCAAGCUUGAUCAGGAUCGUACCACUCUCGUUGAUGGCUUCAGAUCUGGACUUUCCGUUCUGAGGCCCACCCUCACAACCGUGUGACCGAGCUUAGCAAUUUAGAAACUUGAAACUCAUGAGAUGGUCGUCAGUGUUUCGUCUUGUGUAUUAUUGUGUAAUGGAUGUGGGAAUCUGAGGGCUUGUACCGGUUUUGUUGUUGAUCUAUGCUUGGUAUCUGUAUAGAUCAUAACGCGUCGCCGCUAGGGAGGCGAUGCGGAUCCGGUCACCGGACUGUAACUCAAUAAAAAUGCCCUUCAUGGUGCGGGACCUACCUACUCGAUCGCCGCAAUCA